AUGUAUGGGCUCCAUGACUCGAUAUUUGCAAAUACAAUCGAGUUCUCCUGCUUCUACCUUAUCCAAAUUGUUGUCCCAGGCGUCAUCCUUAUUACCACGCGCAAGAGAUCUCCCUUACGCUAUCUUUGCAUUCCGUGGAUGAUAUGGAUUGCCAGUCGUUUCAUACGUCCCUUCGGCUCGUCUGGCAGUCCAACAUGGUGCCAGGCGGUAACGCAGCUUGUUAUUGCGGUUUUACAGGCCGCGCAUUUCUUGUUGAUCAAUCCUCUUGACGCCUUGGACAUAUCAUGUGGCGCAGGUAACAGCCAGAGUUUCAGGUGUCGCUUGAUGGGGGCAAUUCGUCUGAUUUCCCAGACUCGUGCGGUGAACACACCCUGGCAAGUGAAAAAUGUGCCAUCUCAUCCAAAGUAUUACCGUCGGUGGGGGUUGCAAAUCCCAAGUCGAGGUCGAUUCUUGAUACGACAGCUAUCAAUCGCUGUAUGGCAGUACUUGGUUCUUGAUAUUGUGCAAACCAUAUCUCUUCAGCAAGCUGUUGAACGUGAUAUCUCUGAGUCAUUACCAAUCACAAUCGACUGGAUUGUUCCUGCAGGGCAAUGGGCAGAAAGAAUCGCUACGCACCUGUCUAUCUGGUUUUUGGUAAACCGUCUCAUUACCGAUCUCGCAUAUCGAAUACUGUCGAUAGUUUUUGUUGGCAUUGUGCAAGACUCCCCCUCAGACUGGCCACCAGCCUUCGGGAGGAUUACAGAUCUAGUUACAUUACGUGACUUUUGGGGAAGCUUUUGGCAUCAAUUCAUGCGGCGGCCUUUUACUGCUGUCAGUAACUACCUUGCUCGGGAUGUUUUGGAUCUUCCGCGGUCGUCGAUAUUGGAGCGGUACACCAAUCUUUUCAUUGUCUUCUUAGUAUCCGCAAUUUUCCAUGUCAUAGUCGACAUAUUGCAGAGCGUUCCAAUAGAAAACUCGGGAUCGAUGCCAUUUUAUCUAGCAUUCGUCCUGGGAAUCAUGCUUGAGGAUGGUGUACAAGAAAUUUGGAACCGCAAGGGAAAAACGAAGCUGUCCACUGGCAUCGCGGUACCCUGGAAGCGUGCUAUUGGACUACUAUGGGUCAUGCUAUGGCUUGGCGUCACCUCAACUUGGUACUUUACGCCGAUGAUUCAGUCUACGACUGAAGAUUUACGCAUGGUCCCGUUCAGUGUUUCGAAACAUGUUGGGCUUCAGCCGCUGAUUGGAGUCGUCCUGGUCGGUGGAACGACCCUCGCUUUCGUUUUUGAGAUAGAGAUAUGA